AUGACAUCGAAACCUAGCACUUAUAUUUGGUUUCGCAUACUUCUUGAAACGAGUAAUCUUUGUCUGCCAUGUACUUACCUUGCAAAUGCAUCAUAUUAUGAACCUCACGUAUGCUUAAGUGGAUUAUUUGCCAUGUCGGAUUUGUUCUGUAAUGCGGUGGAUGUAAAGAAUUCGACUGGUGUAAAGAAUAAUAAUGAUAAUCAUUCUACUUCAAACCCAAACUCUGAGCUAUUGAACAACAUAACUUUUGGCAACUAUAAUGAUGAUAAUUUUAUUCGAAGUCAAUCAGGAGUUAAAAAGCCUCGACUAUCUGAAAAACUGAUAUCACUUGCCACCCCAACGAAUGGCUUCAAAGAUGCCUAUGGUACAUACGGUCCCGACAGCUUACCAGAAAUUCAUGAGGAAACCAAAGAAAUACGCUUAUGCUUUAAUUCAGAGUUGAAGCAGGCGUUAGAAGACAAAUUAACUAAAUAUUUAACUUUUAUUCAAGCAAUUGAGAAAAAACGGAUAAUUUGA